AUGGCCGCUGCAGGAAUAAACAAGCAGGGAUCUGUGGAGCCAUGUAUCCGUCACGGCAGAGCAACAACGGGAGGCAGUGUUAAGGUCCUGGAAUGCGGCGUGUGUGAAGAUGUGUUCUCUCUCCAAGGAGAUAAGGUCCCUCGGCUUCUGCUCUGUGGGCACACAGUGUGUCAUGACUGUCUCACUCGGUUACCCCUCCAUGGAAGGGCUGUGCGCUGCCCUUUUGACAGGCAGGUCACCGAGUUGGGUGACUCUGGAGUUUGGGGUCUGAAAAAGAACUUUGCUCUGCUUGAACUUCUGGAACGACUUCAGAAUGGAGCAUCGAAUCAGUCAGGGAUGGCAGAGGAUGCUCUUAAAGGCAUGGGCGAAUGUGUGAUUCGUUGUGAUGAGGAUGAAAGCCACACAGCGUCAAUGUAUUGCACUGUAUGUGCCACCCACUUGUGUUCGGAGUGCUCACAGAUUACGCACUCCACUCGAACACUGGCAAAACACCGCCGCGUACCACUGGCAGACAAGCCUCACGAGAAGCUGCUGUGUCCACAGCACCAGGUGCAUGCCAUAGAGUUUGUUUGCCUGGAAGAAGGUUGUCAGUCUGGGCCACUUAUGUGCUGUGUGUGUAAGGAGUAUGGCAAACAUCAAGGACACAAGCACGCUCUCCUUGAAUCUGAAGCUAAUCAGAUCCGUGCAUCUAUUCUGGACAUGGCACAUUGUAUCCGCACCUUCACAGAUGAAGUGUCUGAGUAUUCCAGAAAACUGGUGGGCAUUGUGCAGCAGAUAGAGGGAGGAGAACAGAUUGUUGAGGAUGGUAUUGGAAUUGCCCACACUGAACACGUUCCAGGCACAGCUGAGAGUGCUCGCUCAUGUGUGCGUGCCUACUUCGCAGACCUCCAUGAGACUCUUUGCCGGCAGGAGGAGAUGGCCUUGAGCGUCGUGGACGCACACGUUCGAGAGCGCCUCAUCUGGCUGCGGCAGCAGCAGGAGGACAUGACCAUCCUUCUCUCCCAAGUUUCCACUGCCUGCCUGCAUUGUGAGAAAACCCUGCAGCAGGAUGAUUGCAGAGUUGUUCUGGCAAAACAGGAAAUCAACUGUUUGCUGGAAACACUUCAGAAGCAGCAGCACCAGUUCACAGAGUUGGUAGAUCACAUUCAGCUGGACGCUGGCAUACCCGUUACCUUCACAAAGGAUAACAGAGUUCACAUUGGUCCUAAGAUGGAGAUCCGUGUAGUAACACUAGGCCUUGAUGGAGCAGGAAAAACAACUAUACUUUUCAAAUUAAAACAGGAUGAGUUCAUGCAGCCAAUUCCUACCAUCGGAUUUAAUGUGGAGACUGUUGAAUACAAGAACCUAAAGUUUACUAUCUGGGAUGUCGGAGGAAAACAUAAGCUCAGACCACUUUGGAAACAUUACUAUUUGAACACUCAAGCUGUAGUUUUCGUAAUCGACAGCUGUCAUAGAGACCGGCUAAUGGAAGCCCACAGUGAACUGGCCAAAUUACUCACUGAGAAGGAGUUAAGAGACGCAUUGUUACUUAUUUUUGCAAAUAAGCAGGAUGUACCUGGGGCUGUGGCCGUGGAGGAGAUGACAGAGGUGCUGAGUCUACAUAAGUUGUGUUGUGGGAGGAGCUGGCACAUCCAGGGCUGUGACGCCCGCAGUGGGAUGGGCCUGCACGAGGGCUUGGACUGGUUGUCAAGACAGUUGGUUGCUGCUGGGGUCUUAGAUGUAGCCUGA